GAAGGCGGGGGAACGGGUGGGAUGCGGCAUUGCUGUAUUUAUUGCCCUUUCCUUACAUCAGCUGAUCCUCCCUUCGGCUUGGGAAGGAGGAGGGCGCCAUCUUAAAAUGCUCUGUUGCAAUUUGCCUCCUGAAAGAUAAAACGCCCGGCAGGUCAACACCAACAGGAGCUGAUACAUGUGUGCAAAAACGAGACCCCUUCCGCUCUGAUGAGACUGUCUUCUGCAAAGCUGCUGUUUCUCUUGUUAUUAUGGCGGCAGCUGCUGGCAAGAGCUACUGCUUCAAAGUCGUGCUGUUAGGGGAAGGCUGCGUGGGGAAAACUUCCCUGGUGUUGAGAUAUUGUGAAAAUAAAUUCAGCGACAAGCACAUCACCACGUUGCAGGCCUCUUUCUUGACCAAGAAAUUGAACAUCAGUGGAAAGCGAGUGAAUCUUGCGAUAUGGGACACAGCCGGACAGGAACGCUUUCAUGCUUUGGGUCCCAUUUACUACCGUGAUUCUAAUGGAGCCAUUUUAGUGUAUGACAUCACCGAUGAAGACUCCUUCCAGAAGGUGAAGAACUGGGUGAAAGAGCUGAGGAAGAUGCUUGGCAGUGAAAUCUGUCUCUGUAUUGUAGGAAAUAAAACUGACUUGGAGAAGGAUAGGAAUGUGUCUGUUCAAGAAGCAGAGGCCUAUGCAUUGUCUGUAGGAGCAAAGCACUUCCACACUUCCGCUAAAGUGAAUAAAGGCAUUGAGGAACUCUUUCUCGAUGUUUGUAAAAAGAUGCUUGAAGUUGCCCAAGCUGAGGAAGCUGCAAGAGAGAACGAUCCCAGUCGGGGAGCCAGUGCACGGCGGGGUGUACAGAUCAUUGACGAUGAACCACAGCCACUAAGCAAUGGAGGCUGCUGCUCUGGUUCUUAAACCAAAGCUUUUCAAAAUCUGUCACUAUGCAGAAAAUGUGACCAUGGGGCGCUGGAUGUGAUAGGACUUCUGUUAACAAGCUUCAGGAUUAACUGACUGGAGGUGCCGCUUGUGGUCUUCUAGGUUUCCACGCUAAGUAGCUGGAAAACUUAAGAUUUUCUGUCUCUAGCUGAGGGUUGUAAUUAUGUAUAGGAAAAUUUAAAAUCUUGAGGGGGAAAAAUGACUAACUUCUGCUGGAAGUCAUAAGGCCACUGCUCUUGAGAGUUGGAUUGAAUGAUAACCCAAAAGACCACGUGAGCUGCGAUUUAGUUUAAGGGAUGGUCGUGCACUUAUGUACAGCUCCUAAGUAAAGCAAAUAUCAUGCCUGUGUAUACCAUCCAUCAAUAUACUAACAGUCGGGCAUGAGUCCAAUGCAAUCCCUUGACUGCUUGCCCACAGCAAGUGGCACACAACAAAUGUAGCUGAUAGGGUGCUCUGGGAGAGGUAUGGAUGCUCAUCCAUUGCAGGGAAAGUUUGUGCUAACAACUGUGCUGUUACUGCAUUUUUCUUCCUCCCACCCCCACAAUGUUUCCAACCAGACACAAGCUGGUGUGGCAAGAAUCCUGGCAAAAUGUUUUUUAGAGGAAACAAUAUUAUAGGGAUGUCUUUCAUCUCAGACCCUUUCUACAGCACCAGUGUCACCCUUGCUUUACCUUCUACCACACUACGUAGCUGGCUUGUGUUGGUGCUAAUUACUCUUAAACAUUAUAUUCCUGUUGAAAUGUAUUCCAUUUCCCUUUUUAAAGGGGUUGCAUACAUUCACCACAGAGAGCACUGUCUUUAUUGAAGUCUUCAUCUAAACUUUGUUUAAAAUGUUCUUCUCACUGUGAACUCUGGGGAAAUGGUCCAUUAUAUCUUUUGGUCAACCAAAUCAGUGUGCCUGAGUGAGCAAACCCCUUUUUAGAAAAGAUGUUACAAAAUGGAAUACUGUUACUGGAAAAAAGCAUGGAUACACAUUGUGAUUAUUUAACUAAAACAUUUUGUGGAUACAAGUUAAGCAAUUGCAGUGAGUACCAUUUGAUGUGUGCACUGUUAAUUUGAAUAUAUUUAUUAAGUUAGUAGCUGCAAUCUUUCUGAAAAAUGUUUUUUUCUAUGAUUGUAGUUGACUUGUCUUCAGUUUCUUUCUUUAAAUAAAAAUAAACUGAGAAUUUGAUUCAAACCACCCAGCUAUAUGAGAUAAAAUAGUUGCUGCAGCUUGUCUGCUUUUUAAAUGCCUAGAUAUUUAAAAUGUAAUGACCUGCUUUCAGUUCAGAUGUCAAAUUACAUUAUAGCAACUUACCCAGUGGUAUGUGGAAUUUUAUUUUCACAUGCAGUAAAAUGAACACUUGUGGCAUUCAUAGUAUUGAUGUUGCUUUGGUUGGAUAUUCUUAUCUUUUGCACAUGUAAUUAAUUGGGGAAAAAGCCACUCAGAUUUACCAUUUAAAACCUGUUUGUGCAAUUAACAUAUUAUGCAAUGUGAUUAAAGACAGCAGUUGUGACAGA